GUUGGGAAGGGGCGGAGCCGCGGGGGGCAAGAAGGAAGGGCCUGGGCGGGGACACAGUGAUCUCGGUUCUAGAUGCUGAGCUUUUCAGGGCUGGCUGGAAGCUACAGCCCAGUCUCCAGAUGCAGUCUAAAUCCAGACAGUGUGAAGACGAAACUCCUUCCCUCUUCUGGGGUUUGGAUCCUGUGUUUCUGGCCUUUGCAAAACUCUACAUCAGGGAUAUCCUGGACUUGAAGGAGUCUGGCCAGGUACCAGGUGUAUUUUUUUACAAUGGGCAUCCAAUAAAACAGGUGGAUAUCUUGGGAACUGUAAUUGGAGUGAGAGAAAAAGAUGCAUUCUACAGUUAUGGAGUGGAUGAUAGCACUGGAGUUAUAAACUGCAUCUGCUGGAAAAGGCCGACUAAUACCAAAUCCUCAUCAGCUACAGCCGCUCCAAGUGCAAGAGAGCUGAGCUUAACCUCUCAGCUUAAGAAGCUGCAAGAGACCAUUGCACAGAGAGCAAAGUUGGAAAUUGGGGACAUUAUCCGGGUCAGAGGCCACAUCCGCAUUUUCAGAGGAGAGCGAGAGAUUCAUGCCACGACUUAUUAUAAAGUGGAUGACCCAGUAUGCAACGUUCAGAUCGCGAGGAUGCUGGAGCUGCCUGCCAUCUACAGGAAAGUGUAUGACCAGCGCUUCCACAGCCCUGCCCUAAAGGAAGAAGAGGCACUGAGCAGCAAUCCUGGCACCCUGGACCUUGACAGUCUCACGUGUCUGCUGAGUGAAAAGGCCAAAGAGUUCCUUGUGGAGAACAGAGUGCAGACCUUUUACCAGCAGGAGUUGGAAACUGUGGAGUCCCUUCUGUCCCUUGCCAACCAGCCUGUGAUUCACAGCGCCUGCUCUGGGCAAAUGGGUUUUAAGAAUGACACCACUUCCAGAGCAAUUCACAGUAUAUUUAGGAAUGCUGUAAAGCUGCUGCAGGAAAAAGGACUCGUUUUCCAGAAAGAUGGUGGUUUUGAUAACCUAUUCUAUGUAACGAGAGAAAACAAAGAAUUGCACAGAAAGAUCCACCGGAUCAUUCAAGAGGAAUGCCAGAAACCAAAUCGGUUUUUAACCAGACCCUCUAAUGAAAGACGUUUAAUUGGUCACCAGUUUGUUCCUAUUGUAACCAGUCAUGCAGGAAACAUCCUUGUACAUUUUCCUUUUCUUUGGCAUACGUUUGCAUAUAUUUGUAAGGUAAGUUUUAUUUUGUUUUGUUUUUAUGUAUUUGACUGCCGUGCCGGGUCUUAGUUGCAGCACGCGGGAUCUUCACUACGGGCACAGACUCUCUAGUUGUGGUGCAGGGGCUUACUUGCUCCACAGAAUGUGGGAUUUUAGUUCCCUAAACAGCAUCCCUGGCAUUGCAAGGCAGAUUCUUAACCACUGAACCACCAGGGAAGUCCCUGUAUGGUAACUCUUUAUUAACACAACCACCAGGAGAAAGGUCUUGAACAUUUAAAAAUUCAAAAUGUUCAUUGGAAAGGUUGAUCUGUUAAUCUCUUCUCUUUAAAAAAAAAUACUUAUUUUUAAAAUUUUUAUUAUUUAUUUGGCUGUGCUGAGUCUUAGUUGCGGCAUGCGGUAUCUUUAGUUGUGUCACGUGACUCUUCAUUGCAGUAUGUAGGAUCUAGUUCCCUGACCAAGGAUCAUAUCUGGGCCCCACGCAUUGGGAGUGUGGAGUCUUAGCCCAUCGACCACCAGGGAAGUCCUAUGUUCUCUUAUUUAUGAGCCUGCUCUUUGCUUACAAGCUCACCAACACUUUGUACAUAUUUGAAGAAGGAAAUGGCAACCCACUCCAAUAUUCUUGCCUGGGAAAUCCUAUGGACAAAAGAGCCUAGCAGGCUACAGUCCAUGGGGUCACAAAGAGUCAGACACAACUGACAGUGUAUGUAUAAUCAGUAGUUUUAAUCACUGUCUAUCUGAUUGGUAAAAACAACUUGUAGGUUUUGCUUGCAUUUCUACUUCUUUAGAUAUGAGUGGCAUCUAGCAUCAGUUCAUUCCAGGCAACCUCUGGACAAAUGUAGCUCUGCCCUGGACACUGGCCAUUACUCCCAGCAGAGGCUGAGGGAGGCCCAUCGUAUCAGCUACAGAAACAGUCCAAGGCCGGACGCUGAGGUCCUAGUUAAUACACAGCUGGAAUAAACAUCCUGAAGAACUCAAACCUCAAUGCUCCCCAUUUGCUACUUCAAGUGCUUGGACACAUGCCUGCCCAAAUGUUAUAUAAUACAUGAAGGCAGCAAUCUUUUAAAAAACCAAUCACCAUGUUAUAGACUCAGACCUCUCAUAAACCAGACGCCAUUCAACUCUGGUUCAGUGACUCUGUCCCCAGUCAGAUAAACUAAGAAACUAAAGACGUUUUUAAGAAAGUGCUAAUUAAGUGGAGAAGAUAGGUUUAGUAAUAGAAAUGGCCUUAAUGCUGCUUCCACUUUAAUCAACAUAGCCUAAUUAUCAUAAUAAGGUGAUGCUUGCAUUUUCAUCAUUGACCAGGUUUGAUACAGUUCAUGGGGCACUGGGCAACACCCAUUUGAUAAUCUUCUUGGCUGGAAAUUGCAUCCUCAGGGAGAAGUCUUCUUAGUUUUGUUCUGAAGACAGACAGUGAAUGGAGGAAAGAAAGCAGGGGUGAAGACAGAAAAUGCUUCUGUUUUUGUUUUUUGGUUUUUUUAGCUUUACUUUAGAGCAGAGCAACAGCGGUGUCACAUGAGUGGUGAUACGUGGCACAAGUAACCUGUGAGAAGUACAAAGUUUUCUGAUGUACUGAAAUUUGUGAAUGAUUAUUCUAAUAUAAAUUUGGUGGCAGAAUAAUAUAUUGAGCUGUUAGCAUGGGAUUUGUAUUUCCUGUCUUCUGUUUCUUCUUCCAAGCAAGAAGCCACCCUUGCCUCCAGGAGGUUUGGUUUGGAGGCCGAAACCAGAAGUUGUUUGUUUGUGCAGACAAGCUGGCUUAUGUUUUCUGGAAGCCUGGAGCCUGGGAGGGACUGGAGAUGAGUGGGCUCCAGGCCUGGCAGACCAGAAUGUGCUGCCCAGGGUGCCUGCGGCAGGUGGCAGUUUGGCAGGACUUCUGUGGGGAGGUUUUGCAGUGUCUCUUGCAGACUUAAGCAUUGGCUUAAGAUCCCCAGCCUCAGCCAAGAUUCCCAAGCUUGGAAAGGAAGCUUCUGUAAGCAUCCUCUAAAGGAACACCCUGGGGACAUCACCAGAAGACUUGGUCUCAGAAAAGUAGACACAGCACCCAUUUUCCAGGCACCAUGUACCCUCCUAUGUGAUGGAUUUUCACGCAUCCCAAGAGAAGGGGAGAGCCUGCCCCACCCCAUUACCACCAAUAUUAUUUUCUUUCCAGCCUAGAGAAUGAGGGCUCCCAAGCCUCAGCUAACUUGAAAUAAAGAAAAAAAAGGCAUAUGAUGUGUCGCCCCCCUCACCCUGAGUUUUAGGAGUAAGAGUCAUACUGCAGUGCAGUUAGAAUCAAGUCAAGGUGAAUUUUAGAACAAGAUCACAUUCCCACCCCACCCACCUUUGCAUUCCAGAAUGGUUUGUUGAGUGGAGGGAAAAAAAAAAAUAUUGAGUUGGCCAAAAAGUUCAUUUAGGAUUUUCUGUAAGCUGUUAUGGCAAAACCCAAACUUUUUGGCCAACCCAAAUACUCCAGCAGGAGCACCCUGCAUACGAAAACCAUUUGUCCUGCGUCACUGUGGAAACAAUUGGAAAUCGCAGCCUCAGGAGAUGGGGAGGGCCAUAUCAUGAGUUUGUUAUGUAUCAUCAGUGGGGUCGACCUUAUCAUGAACUGUAAAUGUCACCCUGUCCUGCAACCAUCAUGUAUGGUGACCAGCUAGACGUGACCUGGACUACAGGCAAGUGAUCAGAGAGGAUCUAGCCUAGGAGAAGACCCCAAACCACCUGAGCAGCGAGUCUUCUCCCAACAUGAAGAAGCUUGAAAAGGCCUGACUCAUCGAGCAGCCAGCCCAGCCCAGCCCAGCCCAGCCCAGCCCAGUGCCUCAGGAAGAGUCAGCAAGCGGCCUGUGUGGUUUCCUUCCAGUCCCAGCUUGCCUUGACCUGGUGGAAGGCAAGAAAUAGACACGCCACUCCUGGGAACAAGAGCCAGCUUGGGAAUGGUGGUGUCAGCACUCCGUGGAGGGCUGGGCUGGGCACAAGCCCUCACUCCACUGGGGCAAGCCUGAGGGCCAGGUCAGGAGACAUCUGCCAUUUCUGCCCAUCUGUUGUGGACCCAGGUAACCAGGAAAAAUAGGAGGUGGACAGGUUCUGAACCUAUAGCCAGCUGAGGUCUUGGACUUGACUGUUCCCAUGUAUUCCCUCAGAGGUUGCCCACAUCACAGUUCACUUGGAAUUCUGUGACAGACCCAGCAGUAGGGACAGAAGGGUGCUUAAUAAAUGUUUCAGUGGAUGGCCAGUGCAUUGUACUUAUUGAAUGUCAACUAUAUGCUAGGCAUCAUGCCAUGAUGUAGAGGGGGAUGUCAAGGCAAAGCUCCAACCCUGUCUCCAGGGCACUUGAAGUAAAAUGGAUCAUAAGCACAUGUCUAUAUGACUUACAACCCAUGGAUACAUAUGGUCUUGUUUGACCCUCAGAGUUUAAAAAUACUCAGUUCGGUUCAGUUGCUCAGUCGUAUCUGACUCUUUGUGACCCCAUGGAUUCCUGUUGGUAAAAAAUAUUAAACCAACAUAAAAAAAAAAAAAUUGGCUAUCAUCUGUAUUUAAAAAAGAAAAAAAAAAGUGUGUAUGUGUUUGAAAAACCACAGAAGAAACUGUAUCAGGGGUGUCUUCCUCAGAUACGGAAUUGGGGGCUGAAGUGGGUGGAAGACUUAUUGCAAUGUUUUGUCAUUUUUUGUUGUAUAAAAUGCUAUAACUCUACAAAUAAAAAAGGGAUGGGGAAAAUCCUCACCAAAGUCCA